AUAUACAAUUAUCUGUUUUCAAUACAGAAAAUCUGAAAACUCAUUACAAAAGCCAGUUAUGAACCGAAAUUGCCAUCUAAACAAUUACAUACACCGAAUUAAAUGUUAAAUUAGGAUAUGUUUUAAAACGAGUUGGUAAUUGAGGCUAAUUAUUGUAAACUUUUAAACUAAUAAUAACAUGAAAAACACGGUAGCCGGGCGGUAUUUAAAUUAUUGCAGAGGGCAACAGUUAUUGAAGAUCAUGUCAAUAUGAGUGMGUCGGAAAACAUCCACCCUUCGAAUAGAAGGCGAAAUCUAAGACAGCAUAUUGAAGAAUUUUCUAGCAACACGACCUUGCAUGGAGCUCAUUUUGUUCUCGGUGCUGACAAAGGGAUAGUGCGUCGAGUUUUCUGGUUGCUCUUGAUCCUGACAGGUUUGGUGUUCCUGACAAUUCAACUGGUCGCAAGUUACGAGCAGUUGAAAUCAAACGACUAUGUGAUUACCAAAGAUAUCAUAGAUUCAAGCAAUMAGUUAAAAUUCCCAGCUAUUACCAUAUGCAAUGSAAACAUGAUGAGAAAAUCUCGUAUUGAAGGCACAGAUGCACAGGUUUAUCUGGACCAGCUGAAUCCUUUCAGUAAAGUACUGUCACUCUCAAAUAAGACUUUGGACAGCUCUUUCRAUAUAGAGAAGGCCGUGCUGAAGUAUGGCCACACAGCAGAUGACUUAAUAGAUGUUUGUGUAUGGGACGAAGAAUUUUGCAGCUACCGCAACUUUACCACUCGAUUUUCUCAUGUUUAUGGCCUUUGUCACACAUUCAAUUCUGGACGAGAUGGUCAUCCUCUUCUCUACUCGACUUCUACUAGAAGAAGCCACGGUUUUCAUGUAAUGAUCGACAUUGACCAGGAUGACUACUAUGGUAUUACGAGUUACAUCAACACUGGAAUACGUUUGGUAAUACAUGAUCAAGUUGAGGAACCCAUUGUAGCGGUUGAUGGCAUCGAUAUUAUGCCGGGUCACAUAACAACAAUGAAGAUCCAAAGAGAAGAAUACAUCAGUCUUCCGCCUCCAUUCAAGUYAGCUUGUGGAAGCAGARAUCUCAAGACUUCCAAUGUUUACACSCAAAGCWKRUGCCUGAUGGAAUGCAGUACACGUAAAGUAAUCGAACAUUGUGGUUGCAAACUUCUAGGAAUGUCUGAACUACCAGAGUUCAAUGGUACGAAGUACUGCAAGCCAUAUGAAAUGAUUUCUUGUGGAGUGUAUGCCAAUGCCAGUGCACUGAAUCCAGAAACUCUCGGCAUGGAUAACCUCAAAGAAAUUUUGUUCAAAUACUUAAUUACUCUUGAUAAUUCUCACUCAAACGAAAAAUGUGACUGUCCAAAAAAAUGCGAGCAAAUUCAGUACAAAACUACAGGGAUCAACGUUAUGUCCUUAACGUCGGAGUCGUUUUGGAGUGACUACACUAAAGUGAUACUCAAAAAAUAUAGCACCGUGCCCCAACGUUUGACAGAAGCAUAUUUCAAAAAAAAACACCUGAUUUUCAUUGUACAAUAUGAAGAUCUUUACACACACAAAACUACUGAAAGAAAAAGGUAUAGCAUCAACGACUUUGGAUCGGAUGUUGGUGGCAAUCUUGGUCUGUUCUUGGGAUGUAGCAUUCUAACAUUUUGCGAAAUAUUUGACUUGAUCAUAAGCUACGUUUUUGGAAGACAAAAGCCUAAAAAYCAGGUAGAACAAGACGAAGCAAAAAAUGAAUAAUCACUUCGUAACCUUGAUUUCAUGAUGGAGAUGGGACAUUUGAAAUAUACGAAUGUUAAGUUAUUUGAUGGAGGACAAUUUAUUCCAUUUAUAAAGACGUUUAGCUUUAUACCAGAUCAGUGAUAAGACAUGAAUAGUACCUGAUCAAGUGCAAAACGAGGAUAGUUAGCUUACCGAUGUAUACGUGACGUCUGUAAAACAUAUGCAACAAUACAUCCAUAUUCGAUCCAUAUAGAAUGUGGCGAAUUGCUGGCAUAUUGAACAAAUUGUAUUCAAUCCUACAUUUGAUUGGCAGAUUUUGAUCAUUAUUAAAAGACGGGAAGGGAUCCUGUGCCUAUGAGAUUAGAUUACUAUAGUUCAUAUUACAUUUGUGAUUAUUCGUUAUUCAGUUACUAGAUAUAAGCGUUGUUCUCAAUAGUUUUAGUUAAAGUUUUUUUCACCCUCCCUCCCACACGUAUGGUGGCUGAGAGGUUUGUUUGACUGCGUUCUGCGGACCGUGUUAGUCGUAGCCUUAUUUGCUUAGUUGUCAAUAAACCUCUAAU